AUGACUGUCCAAGAUAGAAAGAAGAUAGACGAGAAAUUCGAUCAAAUUGUGAAAAGGUUCCCAAUCGUGGACACUCAUAACGACUUCCCUUAUUCUUUAAGAUGCCAACUACACUAUGAAAUUUCCACUACCCCAGAAUUUGAUUUUGACUCGUUGCUAACUUCACACACGGAUUUGGUUCGUAUGAGAGAGGGUAAAAUUGGUAUCCAAUUUUUCAGUUGUUGGAUCGAAUGUAAGAAUGAUGAUCCAUUAUAUCAGGAUUUCAAUACACCUACCACUAUUGUUAGAGACACUUUAGAACAAAUUGAUGUUGUAAAGAGAUUGGUUGAUGAAUACUCGAAUAGCUUAAAAUUUGUUAAAACUUCAGACGAAGCAUUGCAAAGUUUCAGAGAUAGCAAAGGUAAAAAAAUAUCAAUUACGCUAGGCGUUGAAGGCUUACACCAAGUCGAUCUAUCAUUGGCUGUUGUCAGACAAUACUUUGACUUGGGUGUCAGGUAUAUCACAUUAACUCAUAACUGCGACAACCCUUUUGCUACUGCAGCUUCUUCGGUCACUGGCGGAUUGCCGGAUAAAGGAUUAACUUCCUUUGGCAGAGAUUGCAUUAAAGAGAUGAACCGGUUAGGAAUGAUGGUUGAUCUGUCUCAUGUGUCCUACAAGACUAUGUUAGAUACAUUGGAGUGUACUCAAGCACCCGUGAUUUUUUCUCAUUCAUCAUCAUUCACAUUAACUCCACACGAAAGAAAUGUCAGAGACGAUGUUUUGAAGCUAGUCAAAGAUAACGGUGGUGUUGUUUGCAUCAAUUUUUUACCCCAGUUUUUAAAGAGGGAAGGAAAAUCGGCAGAUGACGUUACUAUCGAUGAUGCAGUUGCACACUUGGUUCACAUCAUCACACUUAUAGGUUGGGAUCAUGUUGGUUUUGGUUCCGAUUUUGAUGGUAUCCCUUGUGGUCCAAAAGGUCUUGAAGAUGUUUCCAAAUACCCAGAACUUGUUAAGAAAGUUUGGGAAGUUACAAAUGCUACUGAGGAGCAGAUUGUCAAGCUAAUGGGCUUGAAUGUUGUCCGAGUUUGGAAAGAAUGUGAAAUGGUAUCCGAUCGUUUGAAGAAUAAAAUAGAGCCAGUUGAAUCCAACUGGGAACAAAGAGAAUGGAUUUUCCAUGAAUAUUGUAAAACUUUCCCUGAACUUUUUCCUGGUUCUUUUGAGUUGAAAAAUAACAUCUACAAAGAUACAAUCGACUUGUACUGA